AGUUAACGAGCUCUAUGUGGAUGACCCAGACAAAGACAGCGGAGGUAAAAUAGAAGUGAACCUGAACAUCAGUUUGCCAAAUCUGCAUUGUGAAUUAGUUGGACUAGACAUCCAAGAUGAAAUGGGAAGGCACGAAGUGGGUCAUAUUGACAACUCGAUGAAGAUACCUCUCAAUAAUGGGGAUGGCUGCAGGUUUGAGGGCCAUUUCAGCAUCAACAAGGUCCCUGGUAACUUUCACGUGUCAACGCACAGUGCCACUGCGCAGCCUCAGAACCCUGACAUGACUCACAUCAUCCACAAGCUCUCAUUUGGGGACAAGUUACAGGUCCAUAACGUUCAUGGAGCAUUCAAUGCCUUGGAGGGAGCAGACAAACUCAGCUCAAAUCCUCUUGCAUCUCAUGAUUACAUCUUGAAGAUAGUCCCGACGGUGUACGAAGACAUGGGCGGCAAGCAGCGGUACUCGUACCAAUAUACUGUAGCAAAUAAGGAGUAUGUAGCCUACAGUCACACUGGCCGCAUUAUUCCAGCUAUCUGGUUUCGUUACGAUUUGAGCCCCAUCACAGUGAAAUACACAGAGAGGCGACAGCCUUUGUACAGAUUUAUCACAUCGAUAUGUGCCAUCAUUGGAGGAACAUUUACUGUAGCUGGGAUCCUCGACUCCUGCAUCUUCACAGCAUCAGAGGCCUGGAAGAAGAUCCAGCUGGGAAAAAUGCAGUAGUGAUGAAACUCUACCCUAGUCUUCAAGGACAGGAGCAAAGAUUGAGAAAUCUACCACUACCUGUUUUUGUCUUUAUUUUCUAUUUGAUUGAAUCAAUAAGCUUUUCUCUAAUCAGGCUGUUCAGUGAAGACGUCUUCAACAAAUCAAAGAAAUCUCCAUGCAUUUCAGAGCUCUGAGAGUGAAAAAUCAAUGGAAUCAGGGCGUGGAUUUUGAUUCUCUGCCCCCAGAAAGAGAGGUUGAAAUGCCGUAUGUGAAAUACACUGUCAGAUUUAAGUAAGGAUGACAGUCUGUUCUCUGGGAGGUUCCUACGGCAGUGUACAAACUAGGGAGUAGAUUGCAGAGAGUUGAGCUGUCUUGUGUCACUUUCUGGAAUCCUGUUGGAUUUGCAUGAUUAGACAAUCGACUUUUGUAUAAGGCAAAAUUAUACAUUAGGAAGAAAUUCCACCCUUGGUGCCAAAAAGGUGAUGUAUCUGUUGGUGAGGAAUGGAAAGUGUUAGUCCCCGUAGCAAACUUUAGAGACAGAGGGCAGAAAUAACAUCAAGAAAUAUUUUGUGCUUUUAUUGAAAGCUCUUUUGUUCGGAUACGACCUUUCUAAUGAAAUGAGCAUACAAGAAGAGGAAGCCUUCUCCCAGCUACCUUUUCCUGGGUAAUCUGUGAUCCAGGCAGCAGAGGGCCUUUCUUUUAUUCUGGAUGUAAAAGUGGUUUCAUUUCUUCCCAGAAACUGAAUAUCCAGUCUUGUGUUUACAGGUGGCAUGAAGUAAAAACCAAACUGAGCAACACAGUUUUAUGUGGCCUUUGCUUUGAAAGGGAAUAGCUGUCUUUACAGCAUUAGCUUUUAUUCUUUCUUUUGUUUUUUUUUUUAAACAAAGACCACCCAACAGUCU